AUUUGAACCGCAUGUUGCCACCUUCCCCGCGUGACGUCAGCCCAGUUGUUUUGGGUCGCUCGGCCAAUCGGAAGCGCGCUCGCACUUCUACAGAAGCCGAGGUGGGUCCAACCUCGCGCCAGCUUUUAUCCUCCGUUACUCAUCACAACGCCCCCUCGGUAGGGUGCAUGCACGGGGCUCUGCUUUAAGCGGCAGCUCUGAGAUGGAAACCCCAUUGCAGUUGCAGAACGAUUUCUAUCCAGAGCAGCAGCAGCAGCACUAUAAGCAGCACCAGCAGCACUACUGCGGACGGGAGGAAGAGCGCUCCAUCAGGCAUUGCACCUGCAACAACUACACCUGCGAGGAUGCCAGAAAAAGCCAGCAUUUGCACGGGACGCCGCUGGGAACUUUAAGGACACCGUCCGUCUCAUCUUCAACCAGGCAAGGCGCUCAGUACAGCGAGUUCACGCCCUCUAGUCAUGGUAGUUCAUCCAGACACCAUCAUCACCACCAUCAUCAUCCUCAUCGCGAUCACAACCGGCAGCAAAUUCGGGGCAGUCCGGCCAGCAGCCACAGAGAGAGUAACUCUUACACCCAAAUAGCCAUGAGCAGCUGCAGAUACAACGGCGGCGUGAUGCGGCCGCUCAGCAACUUGAGCUCGUCCCGCAGAAACCUGCACGAGUUUGAUUCAGAGUCCCAGCCGCUGCAGCCCGUCUCUGCGGCGGACGCGUCCGACGCGCUCGCCUCCAAGACGGAGAACAACUCCACCACCCUCAUGCCUUACUCGGCGGGGGACGGGGGAGGCGGCGGCGGCGGCGGAGGUGGAGGUGGAGGGGGUGGAUGUAGCCACAGCGGCGGCAAAUCGGGCAAAAAGAAGAACCAGAACAUCGGACAGAAGCUCGGGCACAGGAGGGCCCUGUUUGAGAAAAGAAAGCGUCUGAGCGACUACGCGCUCAUCUUUGGGAUGUUUGGCAUCGUGGUGAUGGUCAUUGAAACUGAACUCUCGUGGGGAGCCUACGGAAAGGAGUCACUGUAUUCUUUAGCCCUAAAAUGCCUGAUAAGCCUUUCUACAAUCAUUCUUCUUGGGUUGAUUAUCAUAUAUCAUGCCAGGGAAAUCCAGCUGUUCAUGGUGGACAACGCUGCAGACGACUGGAGGAUAGCCAUGACCUACGAGCGCAUCUUCUUCAUCUGUCUGGAGAUCUUGGUGUGCGCCAUACACCCCAUCCCGGGCAACUACACCUUCACGUGGACGGCGCGGCUCGCCUUUUCCUACGCACCGUCCAAGACGGACGCCGACGUGGAUAUCAUCCUGUCCAUUCCCAUGUUUCUCCGUCUGUACCUCAUUGCUCGCGUCAUGCUGCUGCAUAGCAAACUCUUCACCGAUGCGUCGUCGCGCAGUAUCGGUGCCCUCAACAAGAUAAACUUCAACACACGCUUUGUCAUGAAGACCCUCAUGACUAUCUGUCCCGGCACAGUGCUGCUGGUGUUCACCAUUUCUCUGUGGAUCAUCGCCGCCUGGACUGUGAGGGCGUGCGAAAGAUACCAUGACAACAUGGAUGUAACCAGCAAUUUCCUUGGAGCCAUGUGGUUGAUCUCAAUAACUUUUCUAACCAUUGGAUAUGGGGAUAUGGUCCCCAAUACAUACUGUGGGAAAGGAGUCUGUCUCCUCACUGGCAUUAUGGGAGCCGGAUGCACUGCUUUGGUGGUCGCUGUGGUCGCAAAAAAACUGGAAUUAACCAAAGCCGAAAAACAUGUACAUAACUUUAUGAUGGACACCCAGCUGACAAAAAGGGUGAAAAACACAGCUGCUAAUGUUCUCAGGGAGACGUGGCUCAUUUAUAAAAACACCAAGCUGGUGAGGAAGAUGGACCACUCCAAAGUCAGGAAACAUCAACGCAAGUUCCUUCAAGCCAUUCACCAGAGUGCUUCCGAAAUGUGUGGCUUGUGAAUGGAGAACCUGUCAAAAGAUUUUUGUACUGACCGCUUGCCGCUAUUGGGCUCUGAAUGGUCUUGUGUUCAGAUUAAGAAGUGUAAAAAUGGAGCAACGCAAGCUGAAUGACCAAGCAAACUCUCUAGUGGACCUUGCAAAGGUAAGAUACCUUUGAGUGAAUGUUUAACUAAUGCAUGACGGAAUUUUGGAGGUCCGUUUGUGUUUUAGUAUGAAUUUUAAUAUAUUGUAAGUCUACAGGUGUCAAAUGAACAGACAAGAUUUUAUCAUUUGAUUUGUUUUUUUCUGUAUGUUUGUCUACAAUAUGAUUUCAGUAUGUGGUAAUGAUAAUUUGUUUCCUUGCAAAGAGCAACUAAGCAUAUGGUUGAUGUCAGUUAAUUUAUUAUAUUUCCUUUACGAAACGUCCUCAUGUUCACUUUUGCUAUUUAUUCCCCUCUUGCUAUGCACAAUUCAUCAUGCUGCUUAAUGGUCUGGAAAAGCUUUCAUCUCCUUAGAAAAAAUAACUGAUGGGAUACCUGAGAUGUUAAAAUAGCCUGAUAAAUUUGAAACCCUGCAUUUGCACUUCCUUCACGGCCAUUUUUUAGACGGACUAAAGAGUGAGCCUUGGGGAACACCAGGCAUGCUGCCAGCCUGACACUGCAAAACCCACAGCAACCUGGGAAAGGGAUACACUCGAGAUCUGAUGAGUCAGCUGGAACAGCCUCUCGCACGAGUGUACACUUGCUCGCACGCCCAAGCUGUGACAUUCAAACAUCCGCAGUGGUCACAUUCCUGCAACCUCUGUCGGGGCUUUGCCGUGAGAGUCAUUAGUUAGUGUUACCCAAUUACCCUCCUGUCCAGCACCUCCCAAAGAAUCCGGAGAGGGUGACAUUGAGGCGGAGCUUGAUGUGAUAUGACUCAUACUGGUUUCUGUCUCCUUUUAUCAUUGCCGUAAUUGCCUCUCGCCAUCAGAGGGCGGUAUAACAUUAAUCAUGGCUGCAGCUGCUCCCAGUGGCAAUGAAUCCUAUAAUGCAGCUUAAAAUAACUAAAGCAGCUGCAGUGCUUCUGCAACCUUCAGACAGCCCGCCUGAUAUGGUGCGUCUGCAACUUUUGUUUCCACACCUGUGAUCUGUUUAAUUUUUCAAGUUGUUUUGUUCAUUUUUAGAAUAAUGAUAUUAUUUGAAGACAGUUUCUUCAUGUUUAGUAGUGUUUGCUAAGGCAAGCGUCACUAUUGCUCAUACUAAUGGUGAGGGAUUUGAACAAACCUCUAAGUAUCUCAAAGUAUUAAACUACAUUGCACAACUCAUCCCACACCGUUACCGACUACAGACAUGAAUUGUUUCAAAUCAUGUGACUUGUUAAGGGAAGGUGUGUAGUAGGAGGGAGCUGAGCCAUUUCUAGAGACCGGAAUAUCAGUGUUAUUAUCUUUUGAUUUAAAUAAGUAAGCAGCCACAAAGAUCUCCCUAGCAACCACACAAUAAUCCGCUAAAAAAUAAAACUCUUAAUCCACUUUAUUAGAGUUUGAGUGACUGCUGAAAUGCUGUAUAAGUUGAUAAUUAUUAUGUUAAUACUGUUUUUAGUAAGCUACACAUUUUUAAUUUCUAAUUUGGAGAACAAAUUCUGACAGCACAAUAAAUAAGCUACUUUAUCUGUAAAGUCAUCUGUAAAGAAAUAUUCUUUCUAGCCUUCCCCCCACCAAAUGGUGCCAUUUAUCGCUAGACUCAAUAGGCCCUAUUACAAAAAAAAAGAAUGAUUGAGCAUUAUGCACUGCUAAGGUGCAGGGCCCGAAAUAUGGUUUGACUGAUAUUUUUAGAGAUAUUUUUGUGAUAUAUUUACUUAUGUUUGCAUUUAACCGAUAUUCAGAAUUUUGUUAAUAUUGUUAAAAAAUAUCGGUUUUACCAAUAUUAAAAAAAAAAAAAAAAAAAAGGAUUAUAGUAAUAUUCAGUGCCAAUUCUCUGUUUUAGAAUAAUCUGAAUAUCUAUAAAAGAUUAUAGACAAAAUUGUGAAUAUUGGUAAAAGAAGUAUCGGUCAAACUGAUCAUCAGUCUGUCGCUACACCUUAGCAAUGCAUAGCAACACCUUAGCAAUUCUGAGUGAAUAGCAAGCAUUGUCUCGCAGUUGAAAGUGAAUUUUCAGUUGAUAACAAUGCUAAAAUAAAAGUUUCUAGUGUCUUUUAAUGUUUGUUAUGUAGGCCUACACUGAGUUGCUUGUAACAAGAAGUCUGAGUUUGAAAUUUCUGCGCAUGAUGCAAUGUCAUGAAAGACCUUUUAUGUCGUCUUUACUGGGAAUUGAGAUGUCUAAAAAUAUGGACGGUACACUUCAUUUCUCAUCAGGGCAAUCCAUCACCUGAGUGCUUUUUAGAGCACCUGUCACAUGCAGCUGGGAUCGACAUGUCCUUUGUGACAUGACAGAUUUUGUCAUCUUUUAAAAGAUGUUUAAUAAAACCUGAUCACGCAGCGCUAGACUUACAACACCUGAAUAUUUAUGAAUCUCUGUUAAUUUUAACCUCUCCCUCGC